ACGAGAGCGAACGUCGAUCAACUUGCUUCUAAGCACAGCCACUAAAGUUUGUACAGACACGUUUCCAGUCUGUUCUUUCAUCUCUAUAGUCUCUUCUUCCGCUCUCGGCGCUGCGCUGGCCAUUGUAUUCACGGCUGGCCCCUUUUCUGAGCAUUAUGCCCAGCGCUACGCUCCCUACACAUUCGGCUGUAUACGAAAAGUUACACCACAAAUCUCAGGGAUCUUGGACGAAACUAAUAUUUGUACCGAUACCAGGCGUUCCGAACCGCCAUCUACGUGUUCUAGCUCCAAACUUGCCUACGUGGCGUCAAUUUCAGGGCAAACUUCCAAAGCCAAUGGGUAGAAAACGAACACUGAUUCUCAUUUGCUUUGCGUGUAUGGCAAUGGUCAUGACCGUGAUGUUGUUCUCAAGAAAUGUUGGAGCUCCAGAAUGGCCAGAAUCAUGGCCUCCCGGUGACACGUCCACACUGGUUUUCAGGAGGGAGGAUUUACAGCGAAUAUGGAAGUGGGAAAUUGCCAGUGGCCAUUAUCCUUCUCGGCGCAGCAUACCCAAGAUGGUUGGCCUUACUGCACCUCCGUUUAAUCCAGCUUUGCCUAUAAAACAGCGAAAUUUACCUCCUUCACGCUACAGACCGCCACCCUCUGUGGUGACGCCUAACACUGACACCGAUACUUUGGGCGUCGGUUCUAAAAGAGUUUAUCUCGACAUCCAAAGCGCUCCGCCAAAUGUUGCCUAUCCACCGCGUCCUGUACCUGGCAGUGUUGCUGACAUGGACGUAAUAAUGAAGCAUUGCGACUUCUCCGAGAACAAGUAUGUCAGGGAUUGUUUAGAAAUUUUGCGACUUGGUGGUGGACUCGAUAAUGGCCAGCGUACGCGAAGAGGAAAGAUGGAUGAUUGGAAGUACAUUUACAAGGAGGAGUCUAACGCGACUGUCGAAAUUCCGUCUGAAAAAUCAGAAGACGAAGAAACUUACCCUUAUCCACUCCGACGUCCUCUUGCUCCUGGCGAAGCGGACGCUGCAGAAGAUCCUGAUGCAGGACUUUCUAAGAAGCGCGGCGUCGAAUGGGAACCUCAACUCGUACUCCCUUCUCCACUCAAACACACACCUAAUGCAGCUCUCCCUACCCCAUGCGACCCAGAGAAUCCCCGCCUCUUUCACAUGUUCUGGACUGGUCCUUUUACUGACAAACCAUACCUCGCCCUUCUAUCUUUCCUCUACACACAGAACACUGGUAUCCAUUUAGAGGAAUGGCCUAAGGAUUCACCUGUGUGCCGUCCUGAAUUCUGGCUUUGGAUCAAUCCUGGUCCUGCUGCUGCAAUUCCUAAUCCAAAUGCCCUUGAUGAUAUGUUUGAACAGUUGAAGCUCAGUCCAUGGGCAUCACCGUUCCUUCACCCUCGAUUCAAAGAUGUGAUUAAAUUUAAGCUUUGGAAUACCACUGAACAGCUUGAUGGGGUACCAGAAAUUAAAAACGAGUGGAGAAUAUUGCAGGACUCCCUUUUCAACUCUGGUGGUUAUGUUAUCAGCGUAAAGCACGAGGAAGAGAGUAGUUUGAACGAGACGUCUACAAAGAAAGCAGAUGAUGAUGAUAUCAUGAACCGCACGGGCUCCACGUCGGCUUCAGCGUACGAUCGACUGUCAGUCAUUCUAUCCGACAUGGCCCGCUUUGUGCUUUGUCACCGCUUCGGAGGUAUCUAUCUUGAUGCGGACACUAUCCUUCUACGGGACUGGGAAGAACUCUGGGGAUGGAAGGGAGCUUUUGCUUACCGGUGGUCACGACUUGAAAAGUACAACACCGCAGUCCUGAGGAUGAACAAGGGCUCUGCACUAGGCUCAUUUUUGUUCAGGACUGCUUUGAAGAAUGGCCUCGACUUCCACCCCAUGACGGUCUCUCGGUACACAGCCGAUGCACAUAUCGAAGGUCUAUUAUUACGACUACCGGAUGCCUUGUUUGACUCGGCGUGGCUGAACACCGAGUAUUAUCAGCGAGAUAGGCCUCCACAACCUUAUUUUGUUGAGUUCGCGGACUUUUUCGACACCCCACAACAGAGCAGUGCUGCACCGCAAUCUUUAGGUUUCAAUGGAUUCUUCAAAGGGGCAUACUCAUAUCACUUUCAUAACUUCUGGUGGAAACCAUUCGAUCCAACGAGAAAUUGGCCUGACCUUGGACCAAGAUUUAGUGUCGGGGAGCGGAUGGCGCGCGCAGCUCUACAAGGCAAGGAUGUUUCAUUUAGUUCUGUCGUUGCGGAGGACCGCAAAAACCCAGACGAAGAGGAGACUGUAGAGUCAGAUAAGCGCGAUCUGGAUUGGUCUGCUGUUCUCAAAAGGACAUUCGAGUCAUACAUAAGGUCGGAGCGUCCAAAUCUCUAUGGUGAAUGGUUGCAGUGGUGAGAGAUCCAUAUUUCUGAAUGCAGUAGGGCCCUUCGAUUUACUCGAAAUCGGUUCGACUAAAAUAUGGGGUAGUAUGUAGAUUAUAUUAUAUAGUAUGUUACUAUACUUUCUCGCGUUUUGAGCAUAUAUCUGUAAGUAAUCUGAACGAAAGUACAAUGAGG